UGGGCGGCGGCGGUGGGCGGGGCAGCGGCCUAGCGGAGCCGGGGCAGCGGGUAGCGGGGCAUCGCCGGCCGCCCGCCUCCCUCCCUCCGCCCGGCCAGGCCUGGCCCCACCGCCGCGAUGACGGAGCUCAAGUCGCCGUCCGACACCUACAAGGGCUGGCUCUUCAAAUGGACCAACUACAUCAAGGGCUACCAGCGCCGCUGGUUCGUGCUGAGCAACGGGCUGCUCAGCUACUACAGGACCCAGGCAGAGAUGGGACACACGUGCCGGGGGACCAUUAACCUGGCCACGGCGAACAUCACGGUGGAGGACUCCUGUAACUUCAUGAUCUCCAACGGGGGCGCCCAGACCUACCACCUGAAGGCCAGCUCGGAGGUGGAGAGGCAACGCUGGAUCACCGCGCUGGAGCUGGCCAAGGCCAAGGCUGUCAAGAUGCAGGCUGAGUCCGGGGUCGGGGUGUCCCAGGUGUUAGGAUAUGUCCCAGGGUUCAGGGAAUAA